AUGGGACAUCAGCGCAAAACCACCACUAUUCGUGCUCCUCUGGUCGUCGACAAUGAUACGUCAUCGAGCCAAGGAGAACAGAAAAAGGUCACGGAGACAGAUCUAGUGGCCAAGCGAGUCCGAAAGCGUCAUGAGGACACUACCGCAAAGCUACUCCUGCCAAGCUUUCGCGCUGCUAUCCGCGAAGACCAAGUCAAGGCUUUUCUGGAAUGCGCAGCGCUCAUCUGGUUUCUUCGGUUUCCUGAACCUGAAGAGGGAAUUCAUGUACAUCGAACUUUUCUCAAUGACGCCGGCUAUGACGACCACAUCCGCCGCGAACGAUGCAAAGCCCUCAAAAGUCGGCUCUGCUGGCUGGCAGGAAUUUUUCCAAAGAAUCUUCCAGACGGCCCUGUUCCAGAAGACUCGAUCUGGAUGGAGGAAAUGAACAAAGAGGUGAAGACAAUCGCGUCUUCGCUUCGUACCCACAAGGACACAUCGGGUUUGGAGGCGAUCGAGCUCUGCUUGGAAGAUAACCUUGGUCUGGCGAAGGAACGGGCGGCGUUGGAGGAACAGGAAAGGCUCGAUGAGGAGUACACAAUGCUUCAUUUUUAA